AUGUCUUCCCAUGGUGGUACCUCGUCACCCUUAAAUGCCACCAUGGUGGCUGUCGAUAAAGACAAGAAUAGUAGUCAUGCCUUUCGCUGGACAAUUAAUCGUAUUGAUAAUCCUGUCAUCAUUGCCGUCCAUGUCAAGAACAAAAAUAUUUCUCAGCAGGGCUCCAAUGUUCAUCCCCCCGAUGAAGACGAUUUAGCCAAUGUUUUCAAUCCCUUACGUCAAAUGUGCCAUCACAAUGUCAUUAAGAUGAAAGAAGCCGUAAUCGAUGAUACUGAUGUUGCUAGAGGAAUUUUGGAAUAUGCACACAGAAAUCGCAUCCACACUAUAGUCCUUGGUGCACCCUACUCGGCCAAGGGUACUUUGUCAUUCGCAAGGUCUUUGAACCUGAGGACAGGAAGCAAGAAAUAUAAAGGCCAAGAUGUGCCAGCAGCCAUAAUGAAAUCAGCCCCAGAUUAUAGUUCCGUAUAUGUAAUUUCAAAAGGGAAGAUAGUGGAAGCUCGACCAGCAAUACGCCCAAUGGUAAACAUGGUUGCACCGCAAAACGAAAAUGGAGUAAGGACACAAUCAUCUAGAAGAGGGAGCACCAAUGGAAGAUCAGAAAGAUCACCUCUAAAUGAAAUGUCAAGGUGUUCUUCAGCUAGUCAGUCAAUGGACAACAUUUAUCUUUCCAAUCGUGGACAGAGGUCCCCAUUUGGCCAUAGCCCAAGCUCAGGUGAAAGUGACUCUUCAGGGUCACAUAAAUAUGGGUCAACGGAUACAACUAAACAAGAUGGUGAUUUAAGCUUUGCAUCAGAUUCCGAACCCUCAGGAGAUAUGGAAGCUGAGAUGAAAAGAUUGAGGCUCAAAUUGAAGCAAACUAUGGAUAUGUACAACUCAGCUUGCAAAGAAGCAAUAUCAGCCCAAAACAAGGCUAAAGAGAUUAACCAAUGGAAACUGGAGGAGGCACGUAAAGUUGAGGAAGUUAAGGUGUCUAAGGAGGCAGCUCUUGCCCUGGCAGAACAAGAGAAGGCUAAAGCCAAAGCUGCCUUGGAAGCAGCUGAAGAAGCCAUGAAGAUGGCUGAAAAGGAAGCACAAAGAAGAUUGCGAGCAGAAAUGAAGGCCAAAAGAGAGGCAGAAGAAAAGGAUAGAGCAUUAAAUGACUUGGCUAGCAAGGAUAUUCGAUAUAGAAAAUAUACCAUAGAUGAUAUUGAAAAUGCUACUCAAAAUUUCUCCCUAUCAAUGAAAAUAGGUGAAGGUGGAUAUGGACCUGUGUUUAAAGGACAACUUGACCACACCCCAGUUGCAAUCAAAAUUUUAGAUCCUAAUGCUUCCCAUGGCAGGAGGCAGUUCCAACAAGAGGUUGAGGUAUUAUGCAGCAUAAGGCAUCCAAACAUGGUCCUUCUCCUUGGUGCAUGUCCUGACUAUGGAUGCUUAGUGUAUGAAUACUUGGAUAAUGGUAGCUUAGAAGAUAGAUUAAUGAGGAAAAAUAACAGCCCCCCUAUUCCAUGGAGCAAACGUUUCGAAAUAGCUUCUGAGAUUGCAACUUCACUUCUUUUCCUUCACCAAGCAAAGCCUGAGCCAAUCGUGCACCGCGACCUUAAACCAGCCAACAUUCUCUUAGACAAGAACUAUGUGAGCAAAAUAAGUGAUGUUGGUCUGGCAAGACUAGUGCCAUCUUCUGUGGCUGAUUCUGUCACACAAUAUCACUUAACUGCAGCUGCUGGAACCUUUUGUUACAUUGAUCCUGAAUACCAACAAACAGGAAUGUUAACAACAAAAUCAGAUAUAUAUUCCUUGGGGAUAAUGUUACUACAAAUAAUCACAGCCAAGCCUCCUAUGGGGCUAGCUCACCAUGUUAAGAAGGCAAUUGAAAAGGGAACAUUUUCAGAUAUGCUUGAUCCUAUGGUCACUGAUUGGCCUAUUGAAGAGGCUCUUGCAUUUGCCGAACUCUCAUUGAGUUGUGCAGAACUCAGCAAAAAGGAUAGGCCUGAUCUUGCAACAGUAGUAGUGCCAGAGCUUAACCGUUUAAGGAACUUUGGAUAUGCAUCGAUGAGUAAUCAGAAUCUUUGCCAUGUAACACGGCCUCCUACGCCUACGCGAAGUCCACGUUGA